UGAAACUAAAGGAUUCAAAUCAGAACGUAUUAUCAAAUUGGCCAUGGACAAACUUAUUAGUGGGAAGUCUUUCAUUCUUUGGAAAAAAGAAUUCCAAAACAAAAUUAGUAUUAUGGAAACUUUGGCUAUCUUUGGACCCUAUUUAUAUAUUGACAUUAUGUCACAAUCUAGAUAUACAUCUCAUUUAAUAACAAGCUAUAUGCAUCUUUGUCUUGAUAUCUCAGAGGAUCACGAAUACAUUAUUACAUUGAUAUCUAGUGAAUCUGUACUGACAGAGGCAACACUUAAGAAAGAUAUAGUAGAGGCCGGUUAUCAUAAAGAGCUUACUGCUAGGUUAUUGCUUCUUAAAGCCUGGAAUGAUUAUAGUAAAAAGAAAUACCUAUAUGGUACAGAUAUUGAUAAUAAUUAUUCUUGUUUUGUAACUUUAAAUGAAUUUUUAUGA